AGAAGUUUCAUGAUGGAAACCUUCAGCUUCGACACAGACACACACGGUCACAAAGACUGGAGGAUCAUCGUGAACAACAAGUCGGAGCAGGGCUACGUCUACAACAGCUUCACGCUGCAGCUGGAGAGUCUAAACGUCUCCGGUGGAUCCAGAUAUGUUGCGUUCGUCUCCAUUCUUCUCUCCUAUGUGUUUAUCAUUGUUGCAAACGUCGGGGUUGCCGUCCUGGUGUGUGUAGAUAGGAGCCUGCACCAGCCCAUGUACCUCCUGUUCUGUAGCUUGACGGCCAACGACGUUUUCGGGAACUCAGUCGUGCUGCCCCGCGUGCUGCUGGACGUCAUGCGGCCGCCCGCGGACCGCCUCAUCGGUUACUACGAGUGCGUCCUCCAGGCCUUCAUCAGCCACAUGUUCAGCACCACCUGCCACACGGUGCUGAUGGCCAUGGCCUUCGACAGGUACGUGGCCAUCGGCAACCCUCUGCGCUACUCUGCCAUAAUGACCAACAGGAUGGUGACGCAGCUGACGGCUGCUUCCUGGGGAGCGGCGCUGGUUCUGGUCGGGAUCCUUCUGGGCCUGACGGUGCGGCUGAGCCGCUGCAGAACUUUCAUGAGAAGCCUGUACUGUAACAACGCCUCGCUGUUUCUGCUCUCGUGCGAGGAUGUUUUCAUCAACAACAUGUACGGCCUGACCUUCACCGGGGUGCUGUUCACCGCUUCCAUCGGCAGCAUGGUGGUGACUUACACCAAGAUCACCGUCGUCUGUCUGACCAGCAAGAGCGCAACUCUGAACAGGAAAGCACUGAAGACCUGCGCCACGCACCUGCUGGUGUAUCUGAUCCUGGCCGUCAGUGGAAUAAUCAUCAUUAUUCUGCAGCGCUUCCCUGACUACGCAGAGGAAAAGAAGAUCGCAGCCGUUUUGUUUCACAUUGUUCCCGGUGCCUUGAAUCCCGUCAUUUAUGGCAUGCAGUCCAAAGAGAUUAAGAAAUAUUUUUCUAGGAUGUUUCACACCAAUAAAGUCUUGAUGUCACCUUAAAGACAUGAAAGCACUUUCCUGUCAAAGAAGUAACAGAAGGUAUUUUAUUAUUAGAAGCUCCAAAGUUAAACCAGAGAUUAGUUCAAAAAAAGUCAUUUUUAUAUAGCAACCAUAUAUUUGUUCACUUCCUUAACUGAGUUAUUUGUUGGGUGAUUCAGUUUGAGUUCAGAGAAUGUUUGAGUAAUUUUUAACACUUUUAACGCUUCAGAUUCACAAUUUAAAAAUCCAUCGUCUUUGAAAUAAUGAAAAGAAAACCCGGAUGUCUGAACUAUUUUAUCGUCACGUUUCAACCAAUAAGGUUGAGAAGGUGAGCAGCUCUAGAUGAACUUUAUAAAGUUUAUUCUGCACUUUGUCAGAAAACAUGUUAGGUUCAUUUCUAACUGUGUUUGAGUCGAACUCCAUGUCAUUUGAUGGUUUUCUCGAUGGGAACAACCGGACCUGGAGGCCGAACC